AGCGCUGGUCCAAUCAAGGCACAGACGUUCACCUCCCCCCUCCCCGCCAGCGUGCGCUCCGCUUCGACUAACCCUCUCCUGUGCUCUACUCAAGCACUGCCUGCACUGCCAUAUUACCCCAGCCGCAUCUCGCCAAAAUCCGAGUCUGAUCCCUGGCUGCGAGAGAGAAUUUCCGUUGCUCAUUUCCCGAAUAUAAGAGCUCCUCCGAUCUCUGCAGACGAAUAAGCCACCACGGCUGGUCACGAAGCUUCUCUGCUCGAACCGUCUCCCCGCCCCCUCACCGCCAACCAAACACAGCAAGCCCAGCAGCUUGUCGCAAUUUUUACCCUUUGAUCCUGACGAGUACGGCCCGAUAGAGCAUACGACAGGUCAAUCGUUGCUACCAAUCUCGCCACCUCACAAAACCCCAAAGCUGUCACAAUGGACUCCGAAUCAGCUCCAGUGUCUGCUGGCGAGCGCCGCAACCAGCAGGUUGACAACGCUAUUCGUGCCAUUCAAGAGAAGAAGCCUCGCCCUGAGAUUGACUUUACUAUUCACACAAUGGAAGAUGGUACCCAGGUUAACACUAUGGAGCGUGUUUGCAAAGAUGUCCAAGCUCCCGCCAUGAGCAAACCUACCGAUGAACAGUUCUACACAGACUCUUCUCGCUCAAUGCCCGACAUCAACUUCCUCAAGCAGCACUUUUACCGUGAGGGACGUUUGACUGAAGAACAGGCUCUCUUCAUCUUGAAGAAGGGAACUGAGAUUCUACGAUCUGAGCCCAACUUGCUCGAGAUGGACGCCCCCAUCACCGUCUGUGGUGAUGUUCACGGACAGUACUAUGAUUUGAUGAAGUUAUUCGAAGUCGGUGGAGACCCUGCCGAGACUCGCUACCUCUUCCUUGGUGAUUACGUCGACCGUGGUUAUUUCAGUAUCGAAUGUGUGCUGUAUCUUUGGUCUUUGAAGAUCCACUACCCCAAGACUCUGUGGCUUCUCCGCGGAAACCACGAAUGCCGUCAUUUGACCGAUUACUUCACGUUCAAGUUGGAGUGCAAGCACAAGUACUCUGAGACAGUCUAUGAUGCCUGCAUGGAGUCCUUCUGCAGCUUGCCCCUCGCCGCUGUCAUGAACAAGCAAUUUCUGUGCAUUCACGGCGGUCUUAGCCCCGAACUCCAUACCUUGGAUGAUUUGAGAAGCAUUGACCGAUUCAGAGAGCCACCGACGCAAGGCCUCAUGUGUGACAUUCUCUGGGCUGAUCCUCUCGAGGACUUUGGCCAGGAAAAGACGAGCGACUUCUUCCUGCACAACCACGUCCGUGGCUGUUCAUACUUCUUCUCCUACCCUGCUGCCUGCGCAUUCCUCGAAAAGAACAAUCUCCUCUCGAUUAUCCGCGCCCACGAAGCUCAAGAUGCCGGUUAUAGAAUGUACCGCAAGACCAGAACGACGGGCUUCCCUAGUGUCAUGACGAUCUUCUCCGCCCCCAAUUAUCUCGACGUUUACAACAACAAGGCUGCUGUGCUCAAAUACGAAAACAAUGUGAUGAACAUUCGACAGUUCAACUGCACUCCUCACCCAUACUGGCUUCCCAACUUUAUGGACGUCUUCACAUGGUCUCUACCUUUUGUUGGUGAGAAAAUUACCGAUAUGCUUAUCGCCAUCCUUAGCACUUGCUCUGAAGAAGAGCUCAAGGAGGAAGCCAACAACUCGCCGCUCCCCAGCUCGCCCCCAGCGUCCGCCAGCGAAGACCCCGAAUCUAUUGAAUUCAAGAGACGCGCUAUCAAGAACAAGAUUCUCGCCAUUGGCCGCAUGUCCCGUGUGUUCCAGGUUUUGCGAGAAGAAUCCGAGCGUGUCACCGAGCUCAAGACAGUUGCUGGUGGACGACUUCCCGCAGGUACCCUCAUGCUUGGUGCUGAGGGUAUCAAGAAUGCCAUCAGCACAUUCGAAGAUGCGAAGAAGGUUGAUAUCCAGAACGAGCACCUGCCCCCUAGCCACGAAGAGGUCGUCCGACACCAAGAGGAGGAGCGUGCUACAGCUCUGCAAAAGGCUGCUGAGGAGGCUGCUAAUGACAAGCAGCUUCAACAGCUUUCCAGAAGACUUAGCACAGACCGCAAGAACCGUUCCUCAUAAGCUGGUUCCGUAUCCAUUCGUUGCAUCUUGGAUAACAAAAACGACAGACAACGGUUUAAAUCGCCGCACUGGACAAAUUGCGGGGUCGAGAAUAAUGUCGAGCAUUCUUCGACCCGUGUCGAAUACGCAACGGCCCUGGCUGGCCGUACGCGAGAUACACAGGACACUGAUAGACGCAGGCCUUGCCGAGCAAGGAACUAGCUGGGGAUGUAGGCGAUUGUUGUAGACUCGCAUCACAAUCGACAGAGAACAAACUCGACGAUGUACGACUCAUGAUUUUAUUUAGGAGGAUAAUAUGGACCAGUGCAAAAGAAACGGAAACGGUGGUAUAUAUAUAUCGCUAAUCAAUCGUUAAAAAUACAAAAAACUAAAGAAGUUGCUGCUUUCAUAUCCUUCAACGCCUUAAUACAGUAUAAUGUGUGUCUGAUUGUACAUGAAUCGUGGUAGAUGUUCUAUUGGGUUGGCUUAGUAGCCUUGAGAAUCUGGCAUGGUAAUACGCCGUAGAGCAUUUUCCAGCUCACAACAGAGACAUCGACAUCCUUCCAGCCAAGCUCAUCAACAAGGACGGACUUGUGGUCCUUGAAGAAGCCAUAGAGAUCGAUAAUGAUCAUAGUACCGCCAGGCAUGCACACGCGAGCCAUUUCGCGAACCGCAUCCAGACGGCCCUCUCGCUUGGCAUUGUGAAUAGCCAGGUUGGAUGUCAACAAAGAAAAUGUGUUGUCUUCGAAGGGAAAUGUUUCGGUGAAACUUGCAGUAUGCAACACGGUGUACGGUACUACAUCCAUGGCUAGCGCAUUCUUGUAGGUGGCCUCUGGCGCAUUGCCAGUCUGGUCAGCAGUGCUAAAGAUGUCGAUACCGUAAGCCAAGGGAAUAGAAUCAGAACCCUUUCCUGCUGCCUCAGCGAUGCGCUUCUUACGUUGCGCAAGUUUAAGAAGAACCAUGCCGCGGCCGCAGCCGACGUCAAUGGCUGGGUGGUCUGCGAAGGUCGAGUCGGGCAGUGCGUUGAGAACAUCGUCCCAUACUUCGAAUUUGCCCUUGAGGGUUGCAUAAAGGUAUAGAGGGGCCGCAAUGGCAGAGGCAACAAGCCCAAAAAGCGAAUCGAGACCAAAAUCAGGCUUGGCUGGCUUGGAGGGAGGGUUGGGCGAUGCUGCGACAGCCUUGAUGUGGUCUUCUGGCACGGCGCCAGUGUAGAUGCCAGCAUCGGCGGUGGUUGUAGUUGUGGCCAUUAUAAUGGUAUCUGGAUUCCCGUAUAUCUUUGGCGGUAAAGGUAGAACAAAGAGUUUUAACAGAGAAGUAAUAAAAUUGAUAGUCUUGGGUAGUCCAAUGGCGAAGGUUAGAGCUGAAGCGAGCUGAACUACAAAGGCAGGGCAUGGAUCUGCCUGCUAUUUAUCCUCCGCCAGCCACAGCCCUAGAACCCGAUCUCGCGAAUCCAAAGUAGCAUGCUAAGCCACCAUCAACACGCAAAGGCUAUCGUCAACGGAAGAUUUCAAGCAGCGCAAAAAGUAAAAUCGGCAUAAGCGAGAUUCAUCACGGCGACCGCGACGAGCCCUCCGAGGUGAAGCCCAGGCCCGACUGACGGUCGCCUUACCUGAUUAGGACAGCUGGCGCGAGGUCAGAGGCUCCGCCUCGGUGUCAACACUGGCGCUAGUGUCCGCUGAAAGAAAAAGUGUGACGACGCUGAAAUCCACUGGAAGGACCCAGUGGAAUAAAUUUAGGUGUAGAAGUGUUUUUGCUCGCUGUAGAGGCCUAAAUGCGGUAAGAGGUGUCGGAGGUGCCGUGAUGGAAGCUGAACAGCAUCGCCCUAUGAAUUCUUCCAGAAAGGUGUUUGUAA